AUGUCGCUCUCAGCCUUUGUCUUCAUUAUUUCGGUCCUAGUGGGAUUGACCUUAAAUGCUGGCGUGUUUCGUUACAACCCCAAAGCACCUUCUGGAUCUAUCAUCUAUAAUAUUUACUUAAAGGAUAAGCUUAUGUGCUUGAGGGCUUGCUAUGAAGAAAUCAACUGCGCAUUUGUGACAUAUGAAGAGGAUAUGGCGGAAAGAUGUAGACUGUUCGAAAGCGGAGACGGAAAUGGCCAAAGGUCGGGUUACAUACUUUUACGUGAAGAAACGGAUGCAGCCUGUACUCUGAUAGAAAUAUCUGAUGCCGAUAUCGCUUUCCAAAAAAUACCAUAUCAAGAAGUAGCAGAAGUGGAGUGCAGCAAUGCAGUAUCGGAUGUGGCUAUCAUUAGUCCUUAUGUUAGCCACGGUAAAUACCGUUUCUUCGUUCUUAACAGCGCCAAAGUACCCGAUUGGACAGCAAAGAAACACAGGCUUUUCAUUUCCAAAAGGAAGGAGGAAACUUGCACAGCUGUUCCCAUCUUCCAUAAAGCGAAUCAUCGACGCCUGUAUUUCGGAGAAGUCUACAAUACCACUGGCUACUAUUUUUACGAUGCCUACGCUUUUGCGAACUACUGCGUUUCUCCAGAGGGUUUAUGCUUGGGUGUGGUGAAGAUCCAAGAGUACGUAGACGAACAGAACCUCUACUUCUACGAUAGGGCUGGAAGAGACGACGUGAUAGAUUCUGGUUUGGGGCAGAUAUUCUACAUCGCAGGCAUUGAAAACUAA